GAUUAUUUUUACUUUUAUUUGUGUUGAUUGUAUUAAUAUUUUUUACUUCUAUUUACAUAGGUAUUGAACUCAAUAACAUAUUUAACAUAAUUUAGACCAACAAAAGUACGGAUAAGAUCUUGAUGCUUACUCGAGAAUUCAAACUGUUGACCGUUCAGUCUGGUCGUUGGUGGUCAAUAUUUUAACGGAAGCGCCACUUACCAACCCCCCAAAUGCCUGCAUUUUCAUUGAGACACCGUCUAAUGGCGAAGAGGCUCAGACCCACCCCUCCCUCCACUCCCUCCGCCAAGCCAUCGCCAUCGCCACCGUCAUUGCCGCCGUCUCCUCCGACCCCUCAACUCUUCCAUUCAAAGCCCACCACCGCGUCCCUCCGCCACUCAUCCAACGAUCGAAGCAAAACCCUAACCCACCUCGUAUCCCCCGCAUCCGCAGCAUCCUCCAACUGGGUCUCUCUAAAUCUCACCAAAUCAGACCUCUCUUUGCCUCUCACUUUCCCCACCGGCCAAACCUUCCGCUGGAAACAAACCAGCCCCCUUCACUUCACCGGCGUUGUUGGGCCUCAUCUUAUCUCUCUCACCCAUCUCCCAAAUGGCGACGUUUCAUAUUGCCUUCACUCUUGUUCUACCUCCUCCUCCGCCGCCGCCGCCAGAUUGGCCUUGCUUGAUUUCCUUAACGCCAGUAUCUCCCUAAGUGCCAUUUGGGAGGUCUUCUCGGCGGCUGAUCCAAGAUUCGAUGUCUUGUCGCGCCAUUUGGAGGGGGCUCGAGUUCUCAGGCAAGACCCACUCGAGUGUUUGAUUCAGUUUUUGUGUUCUUCUAAUAACAACAUUGGGAGAAUCACCAAAAUGGUGGAUUACAUCUCAUCACUUGGGAACUACUUGGGUCAAAUUGGAGGCUUUGAUUUCCAUGAAUUUCCCUCUUUGGAGAGGCUAUCCUUGGUCUCUGAGGCUGAGCUUAGAGAGGCAGGCUUUGGUUACAGGGCUAAAUACAUAAUUGGCACUGUGAAAGAACUAAAAGCCAAACCUGGGGGAGGUGCAGAAUGGCUUCUGUCUCUUCGUGAUUUGGCUCUCGAAGAAGUGAUUGAAGCACUUACAGCUUUACCGGGCGUGGGUCCAAAGGUAGCAGCUUGUGUUGCUCUCUUCUCUCUCGAUCAGCACCAUGCCAUUCCUGUUGACACACACGUCUGGCAGAUUGCUACUAGGUACCUUGUUCCUGAGCUUGCUGGUGCACGUCUAACGCCAAAGCUUUGCAAUCGUGUGGCUGAGGCAUUUGUCAACAAGUAUGGAAAAUAUGCUGGAUGGGCUCAAACUCUGCUCUUCGUCGCUGAUUUGCCUCAACAGAAGGCCCUCUUACCUGCAAGUCUUGAGAAUACCAAAAGGAAAAAAACUACAAAGGAGCAGAUAGAAAAGGCACAUACUGGUAAAUAUAGAUCAAUAUGAAUAGCUAUAUUAAGUUGGUCUCAGGCUUUUGGCAUUCAUGUAAAUUCCGAUUUGUUGUAGAGCAAGAUCCAUAGGUGUUGGCAUAGCUCUUGAAAUUCGUUCGGGUUUGCUUUGGCUCGUUGACGUAUUCUCCUGGAGGAAGAAUUCAAAAUGUAAUCCCCAUGUUUGGGGAAGUCCUACAAUCCAGCCUUCUACUAAAUGUGAUCUAGUUAAAAGGAGAUUAAUUUUCUGUGACUAGAGAACUGUGGUUUCAUUUCAUUGUUGAUCCUUGACAUGAAUCAAUUAAUAAUUGAAGUAUUGCAUGAUUG